CAAUGUUUGCUCAUACUUCUGAUGGGAAAAGACUAAUUUCAUUAGGAAUAACCACACGAAAAGCUGCCUGCACCGAGAAGAAUGUUGUCCUUGUUUCGGACAAUGGUCGUCCUCGUUCUGGCCCUUUCACGGCUGCUCACGAACUUGGACAUGCUUUAGGCUCUCCCCAUGAUGGCAAAGAAAGCUCAACAAAAUGCUCCGGUCAUAGUGGAUAUUUAAUGACCCCAUCAGUUAACAAACAAAAGAAACCUGUGUACUCAGAUUGCAGCAAGGCAGCGAUCAAAGAAUUUCUGAGAACAAAAGCUGCCCAGUGCUUGUUCCGCCGUAGAUGCCCAGAUUCUGCCAACAAGGAGAGAGCCACUGCCAUAGAUCCAGAAGUGAAGAUGAGAAAUAAGCAGUGCUUGAGCAAACUGGACAAAAACGAGCACUUCUUGAAUGCCACGGUAAUACGCCCAUGUGCACUCAGAUGCUAUGUGACUUUGCUAGAUACAAACGAAGUCUCAUUAUUCCGAAGAGUUGCUCCAGAUGGGAUGAAGUGCAACACAAACGGCGAGUGCAAGGUAUGCAAACAAGGAGAAUGCGUAUUUGAAGUUUAAACUCAGCGCUGAACUUCGCAGCAAUCGAUUUUGUCAUCUGCGGCGUGUUUAUUUGCAAAUAAAAUAUUCAUGUCCUGCGUGG